GCUACUUUUUGACAUUUGUAAUGAUAUUAGCAACAUUUUUGAGACAAAUAUUAUAAAAUAAUUAUUUUAAUUUUUGUUUUUCUUUCUUAUGGCUGUAUUUUGGGUGAUAUUUUAAGUUUUACUCAUUUAUUUGUACAGUAAUGGCAAACGACGACGUUAGGUUACUUGUAUCCGAAUCUUCGAAGUCGGAAAGCACAUACACCGGGCUUGCAUCUACUGUAGUACCCCGGUUCCGUAAUGUGGCCCUACACGAGCGCUGCAGCAUGAUGGACAUGGAGCGUUUAAAAGAUGCCUUUCGAUCAGCGUGCAGAAAUAAAAUGAAUGGCGGAGAAUUUAGAGAUUUAAUCAGAUCAUUGUUGAAUGCUGAGUACGAUGAUGAGGAAUAUAAUAUACUCUUUUUAAAGAUAAACACCAGUCGUACUGGUGAGGUCGACUGGGACGAGCUGGUGUCACAUCUAAUCCUCGGUUACUUUGGAAAUGACGAAGAAAACCAGCGGGAGUCCUUGCAGCCGCCCAUCAUGGGGCUGCCCGUCAUCAUGCGCUCGGAGCACAGGCACCCGAUAUCUAGGAUAUGCUUCUGUCCCGACGUCGACAAGGAUCGCUGCACGGACCCGAUGCUGGGCACGUACAUCACCGCGAGCCGCGACGGCAUGGUCAACUGGUGGUCUCUGGACAUGAAGCUGCUGAGAACCGGCUACUCUUCCAGUCCGCAUCUGAAAGUCCGCACAACGUGGGUGACGGACAUGGUGUGCAUGCCCGACGUGAACAUCAUCGUCACCAGCUCCACCGAGAGAGACCUGCGCUUCUACGACUGCACCGCUAAAACCUUUAUCUUGAAGAUAAUUAUCACCAGUUGGGAAUAUAUGAUAUGCACGAUGUAUUAUUACUUCAACAAAGAUGAUGUGGACCAGUGCAAGCUGAUCUGCGGAGACGUGGGCGGCAACGUGCGGGUGCUGCUGUUCUCAGCACACAUGCGGGGCCCGUUCCGGAACGAUGCCGGAAAGGCUUUAAAAUCAUUGCGACAUAUUGACUUGCAGAAGAGGCCUCGUCUCCUGCCGGAGCUACGUCUGGUGGAGCUGGUGCGCAUACACCCGGAGUGGGUGCGCCAAGUGUCGUACUACGCGUCGCUGCACUGCGUCAUGUCUUGUGCCACUUGCUUCGACUCACUACUCAUGUGCGACUUGGGUGGCUCCAAGACACAUAAAAUGUUCAGGGUUGAUAAGGGUAUUCAAUGCUUUGCGUUUGACGAAGAAGCACACGUGUUGGUGACGGGAGGUCCUGACUGCGCGGUCCGGGUGUGGAACCCGUUCGUGCCUGCCAAAGCCAACGUGUUGUUCGUGGGACACCACGCUGCCGUCACCUGCAUAGUACUGCAAAACAAGGGGCAGACCAUCUACUCGCUAUCACGUGAUAGAACUAUUAAAGUGUGGGAUGUCCAUGGCCAAGUGUGUCGCCAGACGUACAUCGAUAUUCCUUCUGUCGUGGGCGAGCGCACGCCCAUAUCUGCGGUGUACAACCCCGCCACCCGCGAGUUCAUCCUGGCCUGCAUGAAGAUAGCUGUCGUAGUGCUGGACGAGCAACUGAACCCGCUGCACACCGACGGGUUCACCCACGCGCGGGCUGUGUCUAAAGUUCUCUACAACCCGUUGUUUAAAGUCAUCGUUACUUGUGGCACUGACAGCAUUAUUAUUAACUGGAAUCCAGUAACAGGUAAACGCAACGUGCUGAUCCGCGACGCGCACGUGCGCCAACUGCACGGCGAACAGGUCCCGGUGGAGAUUACUGCCGCCUGCUUCGACCCUGGCCACCAGUUAAUGCUGACUGGAGCUAGGAACGGCGAGCUCAAGGUUUGGAACUUCAAUACUGGUUUAUGCUUGAGAACGAUGUCCAUCGAGCAUAUGUGCGAAGUUACCAACUGCUUCUGGGUUGAAGGCAGGAUCCUGGCAAUCGGGUGGAACCGCCAUAUUGUCGAGUUUGAGGACACCGGUAUGGCGACGACCGGCAAGAGCUGGGAGAUACGUCACACAGACGAUGUGCUAGCUGCUGCAUCACGGCCUCCUCUCACGCUGGCCACCUCCAGCUACAACUCCGAGCUCGUGCUGUGGAAGCUGGAGACCGGCCAGCCCUACAGGCGGUUUUCGUGUACGGAACCGACGUUGCGCAUCAAGAUGGUUUACAGCCGGCGUGAGUCCAACAAGCAAACUCCUGGACCCCCGCCGAGACGGAGGUUAGCGGUCGGGAACACUUGCUGUAACUUGCGGAAACUCAAUAUCAAAGGAACAAAUCGUGAAAAUAUCCUGGCGACAUCGGAUGCAGUAAGGAAGGCGACAGAGCGCCGUAUAUCCGCGGGCGUGACCAUGUCGGGCCGCGAGCAGAACAUGCGUCUCCUCGCCGUGCACGCCGUACUCUUUCUGGAGACACGGCCGCAACAUAUGACUGUCGCUAGUCUCCUAUUGUCGCUAGAAAAUGGUCAAAUACAGUGUUGGUCGGACCACUCGGCGGGUGGCUACCAGGGCUCGUUCCAGGUCAUCCACAAGGCGGGCGACUACGCGGCCAGCAUGGCCACAGAUAUCAACAACGAGUUCCUGUUUACGGGCACCACCCUAGGCUACGUGAAGGUGUGGCUCAUGACCAACUAUCUUAUUAACGAUCUGGUACACAUCAACAUGCCGCGGCUGCGCCUGAUGUUCCCGUUCCUGUGGCGGGACCGCAUCGAGGGCCGCGCCAAGCGCAGUGUGCGCGACCAGCCCAAGCCGCUGCUGCUGAACAGCUACCGCGCACACCUCCGCUGUAUUACCACAAUGGCGUACAUUGAUGAACAUAAGCUUCUGUUCACCGGCAGUUCGGACUACAGCGUCCGAGUGUGGCGUCUGUCAGGCGAGUACCUGCAGACACUGGGCAGCUUCCUGCCGUGGUCCCUCGAGGUGCCGCGGUUCCCGCCCGAUGUGAGGAAGGUCGCCAGCUUCACCACGUUCAAGGUGUGGCGCGGCGGCAACGUGUCGCGCUACGUGCCGGGGCAGAAGGUGGUGGACAAGCUGGGCGACAUCACCGACUACGAGCUGAAGACCAAGACCUACGGCGAGGCACCCAACGAGCCGUUGCUCGGGAAUUACUCCUCGUUGCCGCAACGACCUGAGCAAAUAGAUCCAAUUCUCCUCGACGAUUCAUUGCCUAUAAUACCUAUUUACGCACACCUGCGCAUGGCGUCCACGCAGCCAGUGCGCCGUCCACCGACGCCUGAACUAGUUCGCGAGACGCGACUGAAGCGCGUGAAAUCAAAGAAAACACACUUUGGCUCAACAAGUACAAGUACACGCUUGUCUCAAACGAUAACAGGACGAACAUCUCAAAUGUCUCAAGCUCAAGGACAGACAGCACAAGGUUCACAGCACACAUCUUUGCAAACACAGCCUCCGACCGGCCGCGUGUCGCGCUCCAGCCAAGAUGUUCCUCGGUAACGAAGCGAUGCGUGGCCUGCGUGACACACACACCAGCCAGCUCCAUGCUACUGUCUACUGCUACUACGGGUUUAUUGCCUGUGAUUCGAGUAAUAUUAGUCAUACUCGACAAAUUGCCAUUCUAUUUUAAUUAAUCGUAUUUUUUUAAUAUGUAAGUUUAUUUUUAGUAUCUUUUUAUUUUAGAAUAUUAAACUUUUCAUAUAAUAUACAUGUGCACUACUUAUAAAGUACAUACAUAGGUAUGUGCUUAUUUAUAAUUUUACUCUUAAUGUUCAAAUACAUAUUUUGACUAACUAGUGGAAGGUGGAUUUUAUGUACCUUUACUUAUAUUUAUGGAUUGAAAUAAAAAACAAUUUACAAUUACAA